UACCGGUCAUUCCCACACAGCUACAAGCUUCCACUCCAGAUCAACACAUGCUCCGGGAGAAAGAAGAGAGAGGAAAGAUAAACAUGAAACUCAACUUUGAUACGCAUCACUCAGCUAAACCCUUACCUGUUCUGCAACAAGGAGAYCAAGUAUGGAUUAAAGACAGAAAAGAAAGUGCAACAGUCAAAGAUAAAGUGCAUGAACGAUCAUACCUUGUCGAAACACAGAAUUCCACGUUCAGGAGAAACAGAGUGCAGCUGAAUAAGUUACCAAAGAAAGGACCUAACUUGACCCAAUCUACACCCACAACAGCAAACAAAGAAAGGACGAAACCGGAACACCCUACAGCCCAACAGAACGCUCGAGAAGCUAAAGCUAUGCUAAGCCCUCAUUUACAGCCAACCUUACAAACCAGAUCCGGAAGAACCAUUAGGAAACCAGACAGACUUAUUGAACAAUGAACUUGAACUUGUUGAUGACAUGUAUUAGCUAUAAAAGGGAGAUGUAGUGUUAUCAUAUAUUGUAAUCAAUAUAUAUAGUUUGGAUUACCUGUGUAUGUUUAUAUAUAGUUCGGGUUACCUGUGUCUUGUAACAUAUCUAACAUGGCGGUUUAGUAAAACACACGAGACAACAAUCUGUAUAAAUCCUUCUCACAAAUCAUCCAUCGUAAC